AUGGUAUAUGGUAGAUGGAAGUUUAUUCAAAUGUUUCAUUAUAGGAGGACUAAUUCACUGUCGAUGUGCAAUUGUGUGGCAUGCGGAAUAUUCUUGUCCACUUGCUUCCUUGGAUUGAUACCACACGUUCGCCACCAGGAAGACCUUAUUCGAGUGUCCUGGCGUGGAAGUGGAAGAGAGAACUCCUCUGCCAACACUGACACUGGUGAACGUGGCGUCUUCUUCAGUACUGAGUCAGUAGUUCUGCUUGGAUUUCUUAUGAUUCUAAUAAUAGAGCAGCUGGUUCACAUUUGCUCGGCAAGCAGGACGUCUUCGAAGACUUCUCCAGCUCGAGCGGAUGCUCUGCCAUCAUUGAGAUCGCUCCUAGAGGGAGAUGCUGAAGAUGGUCAGCCCCUGGUUGACACUACUCUCGAUGACCGCGACGAUGGCAUGCAAGAUAUUGUAUUCCUCCGUUCAUCCUCGCCGAUGGAUUGCGGCUCUCCUCAUGCUGGAUUUAGCCAAGCUGCACCCCCUACUGACAGUAUAUCUGCUCGCACUCUCUUCCUGCUGUUUGGACUGUCUACUCAUUCAUUCUUCGAAGGAAUUGCUUUAGGUGUUCAGCAUGACAAAAACGACUUCAUGAAUAUACUGGUUGCUGUGAUGUUCCACGAGGUGUUGUGCUGUGUUGCGUAUGGCGUUUCUAUGGCUCAACAGCAUACACCUGUGCGUUCCGCAUUGCCAACCGUCAUAAUUUUGUCAGCCAGUAUUCCAUUAGGAAUGAUCAUCGCUGUUCUGGUAGACCAGGUGAACUCGAAUUCGCUCAUGUUACGAUUCGUUCUCGAAGGAUUAGCAGCUGGUACGUUUGUAUAUGUCGCCUGCGUUGAAAUGCUAAGUGUUGAAUUGGGUCACUCACAUGGACAUAGCCAUAACGGUAACCACGGACAACCAAAUGCUCAUGGACAUCACGCAUCACCAUUUCAAGGUUUGAUGAAAGCAGGUGCUGUGGUUUUCGGCGUUCUUCUUUUCUGCGGUUUGAGGUUUGCUCGUGGUGGGCAUCAUUAG